AUGUUUGAGUCGUAUGAUAUUGGCGAAAAAAUAUCCGCGAGUAAGCUCGACGGCCUUUUUUCUGACGGAAAAGUGAUGGGCGAAAUCUAUACCGGGAAUUUGUACCGAGAAGAAAAGUUUAAAAAAUUUUUGUUGGAAGAUGGGAAUUUCUCAGUGGCGGUAAACACCGACGGCGUCAAAAUUUUUCACUCUUCCAAAUUCUCUGUUUGGCCUUUAUUGCUGUCGAUUAAUGAACUUAAUUUUAAUAAAAAGGCUCAACACAUCGUCAUAUGCUGCCUGUGGUUUGGUAAUGAAAAGCCAAACGUUGAUACAUUUCUUGAACCCUUCAUAGUUCAGGCUCGAAGACUUUCUAAGAAGGGCUUUCAAUGGAAAGAUUUGUCUGGCAGGAAUCACAUUUCUAAAGUAGCUUUCCCCUUGCUGGUAGCCGAUGCUCCAGCUAGAGCGAUGUUAACGAAUUUCAUGCAAUACAAUGGCUCUUAUGGAUGUGGCUUUUGUGAGCAUAAGGGUAAACGUGUAGCCAAGGGUGCUGGCACUGUUCAAGUGUAUCCUCUUGUCCAUCCUUUACCUCCAAAUAGAACACACGAGAAAUCGUACGAUCAAGCCAAAAAUGCAAUCCUUUCAAUCAGCCAACCUGUUGGCGGAGUGAAAGGGAUGUCGUUGUUGUAUUUGCUUCCCUUUUUUGAUAUUAUAAAAGGUGUAGUACCAGACUACAUGCAUUGCAUUCUCCUUGGAAUAGUAAAGCAAUUUUUGAAUCUUUGGUUGACUACCACUAGCGAAUCCUUUUUCAUCAAAGAUUCUAAAUUGAUAGACGAAAUUAUCUUAACCGCUUGCCCCCCUGAUGAAAUUCGCCGAGUUUUGCGACCUCUUGAUCACCGACUCAUUUUGAAAGCGAGUGAGUUUCGAGUUUGGCUUUUAUUUUACAGUCCAAUUGUACUAAAACACUUGUUGCAUCCCAAGUAUUAUAAAAAUUGGCUUAUUCUGGUUAAAGGAAUGCACAUGCUACUGAAGAAAAAUGUAUCUCGCGAAGAAAUUGAAGUAGUUCGUAAACUAUUCUUUAAAUUUGUUUCACAAGUUGAGUUAUUGUACGGUGAAGAUCAAGUUAGUUAUAACGUUCACCUAUUACAACACGUUGUAGAUUCUGUGACUUAUUGGGGAUGCCCGUGGGCUUAUUCGGCAUUUAUGUACGAAGAUAUAGGCGGAACACUUAAGUAGGUUUGUCACGGGUCUACUCAGAUAGGAAAACCAAUAUUUGCCUCCGUUUUGAAGAAGGCAAAAGCUCGCGACUACGCUAAACUUCAUAUUCCAUAUGCGGAAGACUUGGUCAAAGAAAUUUAUUAUAGAUUAGAUGCUUCCGUGUCAGGAAACCAUACAUGGCGAGGGCUGGGUAAAAGUAUACAAAUUUUGUUACAGCCGGAAGACGUUACUUUAAUUCAAAACAGACUAGGAAAACAAAUGUUUUGCAUUGCAUGUUUAAGUUAUGAAAAGCUUGCGGCCAAUGGUAAAAUCUUUUCUUGUAUGUCCUAUUCCUCCUGCUUCAAACGUAACAACUCAGUUAUUCAUUGUGUUGACGGAAAUACUUACAGUAUUAUAAAAAUUUUCGAAAUUUUUCUUGACUGCACUUGUGCAACUAAAGAACGUUCUUGCUGGGUCUCCAACCCCUCUAAUUGUCUUCAAAGUUACUAUUUCUUUAUUGGGGAAAACAUUCCUUUUAAGAGACAUAUUAACUGUAGUAACAAAAAUAAAUUCUAAUGGCUCCCAUUCCCUAAAAAAAGCAUUAACGCCACAGGACGUGGUUUCGAAAUCUUUUCUUCUUCUUUGUGACAAUGAAAUGUAUUGUGUGAGAAAUGAUAUUAGGUUUGAAAAAGAUUAAUGGAUUUGUUGUAACAAAAUCAACCUAUUAAUUGCAUGUUUCGGCUUAUUAUUAUGUUUUAUUAAGUGAAUCUGGUAUUUGAAGUAACAGUUAUUACAAGCGUAUCCCCGAAAAAUGAAUGCAUAAAAAUAUAUAUAAAGUAGAAGUACAGUGGCAAUCAGUAAAAACAAUGUGAGUCUCAGUAAGAAUAUAGUAGGGGAGACCGGGGCUACUUGGCUCACUUUUUUGUUAGAUACGUCUCAAGCCUUUACUUUUCAUCAAAAUGAGACAAACUUAUAUUCAUAAUAUUAAUUAAUAUCUUAUCUAUAAAAUGUCUUAAGACAAGAAAUACAAUAAAUAAUGCGAUCAUGAUGAAAAAAAAUGUUUUAUUGGGACACCUUAAAUGGGCAACUUACCCCGUCUCCGGGGCAGGUUGCCCAUACUAACGGGGCAAAAUGCUCCAAGUAAUUUCGCAUGACCAUUGAUAGCAGAUUCCAGUGCACUGUAUCUAUCCAACACUGCUGGAAGAAUAGUCAG